UUUACUCUACACUGAAUAUUUACAAAAUAUUGAAAAAUGGUGCUAUCUAUCGGACAAAUUAUUUAUGUUAUUUUACUGGUAAUAAAUGCUAUAGCAAUAUUAAACGAAGAACGAUUUCUUGCAAGAAUUGGAAUGAGUAGUCAUAUAGAACCAGGAUAUGGAGAUGUAACAUCAUUCAAAUCAAAGAUUAUAAAUCUUAUAUCAGCGGUUAGAACUUUAAUGAGGAUUCCUUUGAUUGUUUUAAAUAUUUUAGUUAUAAUUUAUGAAAUAUUGCUGGGAUAAUUUGAAUUUAUUAGGGUAUAAAACAUUUAUAGUUUAAACAAUAUUCAUAUUAUGGAAUGUCAUAACAAUAAUUUUUCUCUGUAAAAGUAACCUUCCAACCUGAAAAUCAAAAUUUACCAAUAAUUAUAAUUAGUCUUUCUCAUUUUUCAGAUCCUGCCUGUAUUUUUAUGAAAUUAGAAUUUAUAUGUUGAAAUAUACCAAAGUGCUGUAUUUCCACUUUUACUGGCGUUUUAUUUUUAUCAAAAUAUGUAAUUUCAAAUUUACCGGGAUUUUCCGGAAUUUACAA